AUUUGUAUUUGUUUUGUAUCAACUUUAUUCAUUGAUAGCGCCCUCUUUUAUAUCCGUUUUUACAAAUCUCUAUCUAACCUGCAUAUGUGGUUGGCCGUUUCUUUUCCGGUUUAUCAAAAUGGGUAUUGAUAUAAAUCAUAAACACGAUAGGAAGGUUCGGCGUACAGAACCUAAAUCGCAAGAUGUCUACUUGCGACUUCUCGUUAAACUUUACCGUUUUCUGGCAAGACGUACAAAUUCUAAGUUUAAUAAAAUCAUCCUCAAGAGACUUUUUAUGAGCAAGAUACACCGUCCUCCAAUAUCUCUUGCACGUAUAGUAAGGUUUAUGAAAAAACCUGGACGAGAAAAUGCUAUUGCUGUAAUUGUUGGCACAGUAACAGAUGAUGCUAGGAUUUUUGAAAUUCCUAAACUUACAGUUUGUGCUUUACGUAUUACUGAAAGAGCUAGAGCUCGUAUAUUAAAAGCUGGAGGUGAAUUGAUUAGUUUUGAUCAAUUAGCAUUACGUGCACCUACAGGAAAACGAACAGUUUUAAUGCAAGGUCGUCGUAAAGCUCGCGAAGCAGUGAAACACUUUGGACCUGCACCUGGUGUACCACAUUCUCAUACAAAACCAUUAGUACGCUCUAAAGGACGAAAGUUUGAAAGAGCAAGAGGACGUAGGCGAAGCUGCGGUUAUAAGAAAUAAAUUUUGUUUAUUUGCCAUCAUUUAUUGUACCAUACCCUUAACAUGACUUAUAAUAUUUAGGCAUUUUGUCUAUUUCAUUUUUUUAUAUGCUAAGUUGAGGUGGCUGGAAAAUAAAUGUUGGCUUCCUAAUAA